CGAGCAUUCGGCCAUUGUUUUGAUGCUCUCUGGCAACCAAGCAGCCAACAAUGUAGUAGUCGCCUGUUCUCCCUCCUAGUCUUCACAAUCCCAAUCAUUUUGCUCUUCAACACGUCCCUAUCGCUACUCAUUCCCUUGAGCUGCCCAAGUCGACCGAUCGUAUCUCUUUCCUUAUCCUUCCUUUCUUGUUUGUUUCAAUUCUGCUCAGAGUUCGCGUGAAGCAGCAACUCUAAGUCCUUCCAUUCGAGCCGUGACUAGGUCGCGCAUCGACCUCGUCCGCUCGCUGGUUUUGUCCUUCGACCUCACAUUUCGCCUUGUUGAACAUAUCGAGCUAUAACCCAUGUCUGCUAGUCAAUAAGUGGAAGAUGGCUCAAAAUCGGGACCCAGCGUUCUGGCGACGCUUCUCCACAGCCAUCCAUCUGGAUGAAGAAUCAAAGGCUACCACUCCGGAGAAAGAAGUCACUCUGUGGUCAGAUAAUUGGAUCAAGGGCCAGGAACGGAAGAGAAGACGGACCAUUCUUUGCGGCUUCUUAAUAUUCUUCCUGACUGCUUUGUUUGUCGUUGGCGUCAUCGUGGUGAUCGUAUGGCUCAAUGCUCACCAUUGGCUGCGAGAAGUGCCUAAGUCGACUUGAUAUGGCGGAGAAUCGGGGUUUCGAGUCAAGGCCUGGGGGAAUAGGAAGGAGCCUGUCGAUAUAUGGUGCGGGUCGUGCAUAAUGAGCGGGUCUCAUUGCAGUUACAUCCUCUCUUUCAACGGCGGUCAAUAGUUGAUUUUCACGCAAUGGGCGUUACAUCUGAAGCUCGUCACUCUGUGC